AUGUCGAAUGAUAUAAUAAUAAGUUCACCUACUACUAUCACAGCAGUGAAUGAAAAUAGUACAAAAGCAGGUUUAGCUAUAAAAAAUCGACUUGACCAAGGCAAAGUAAUACUACAUGACGCUUUUGCAAACAUGGAUCGAGGCACAUUAUUACGUGCUGUUAUUGUACUUGCUGGUAUUACAUGUCUCAUUUUAAUGUACAUUGGAAUAAAAACAUUUUUUUUACGUAAAAAACGUCAACCAAAACGAUAUACAUUGAUUACUGAUCCAGGUACGAUGGCGGAACCUCUCUUCGGUGCUCAUGAUGAUGAAGAUGAAAUUGAAGAUGAUACAUUAUUUGUACGAAAAUAA